AUGGAAGAUUCUCAGAUGCCCUCGGAUCUUCAAGCACUGAUUAAUGCGGCAGUUUCCGCAUCAGUAGAGAAGGCCUUGGCUAAGGCGCUGCCUGCCGCGCAGCAUACUACCAAAGGACCUAAGCACUCUCAAAGGAGAAAAGUAUCUGACGACUCAGAUUUAUCAUCCAAGGACCAUGGACGCCCAGCAAAAUGCUAUUGGAAGGGCGAAGGGUCCAAGCCAAAACCUUUAAAAGGUAAGGCUCCCCUUAAGAAAGGAAGAAGGGCAAGACCAGUGAACCCCAUGACUCAUACUGUCUCCUCGUAUGAGGAGCUCGAUAUGCCUUCCUCACUAUCCUUCCUUGACGAAUGGCAAGCUAAUGACUCCCAUUCAGAUGAUGGCACGUGGGGCCCCAAUUCUUUCAUUAAUGAAACAUUUCUGG